AUGUCGAAAUCUUCUUCUUUAAGAGAUGAAGACGAUGAAACUGAUUAUUCAAACGAUGACAAUUAUCAAAACGACGAAGAUGAUUCAAAUGAUGAGGAAUACACGGGGCCGCCCCCCGAGAUAACGACCAAAGGCAUGAAUUUGACUGUCAUGGAAGAUGGUGACGUUUUUCUACCAUGCGAUAUCAAUAACAGAGGGAAAUUUGUCGUCAUGUGGAAAAAUUCAUCUUUAACCCUUUGGGUCGACGGUAGGAGAAUGAAUGCAAAUUCAAGAGUUGAAGAAUUUAAAAAUAACACUUUGGUAAUACGAAGAGUAAAUAUGCACGACUCCGGGCAAUACACGUGUCAGGUAGUAGCAGACAAAAUAAUACAAGUCACUCACACUCUCAACGUAGUCAGGAAAUUAUCAAUAACGCGAAUUUUACCGGAAGUAAGACCCGGUCAAAGUAAAAUAUUACGAAAGGGAGAAUCGUUGACUUUGGCUUGCGAAGCAACCGGGUAUCCGGUUCCUAAAGUUUUCUGGGUUCGAAGAGGUCGUAAACACUUUCCCAACGGACACGAAAGAAUGGAAGGAACGAGUAUAACUUUCGAAGAGGUCAACAGGAAAUAUAGUGGAAUUUACGAAUGCGAAGCAUCAAAUGAUUUCGGAACGGUUAGAAAAGCCGUUGAAAUACACGUGCACUAUCCUCCCGAAAUCGAAAUAGAAGAGGAAACAGUGACUACAGCCGUAGGAUUGCAGCCAGAAAUAACUUGCACCGUACAUGCCGAACCAAAAGCAAAUGUAACGUGGUAUAAAAAUGGCGACAUUGUAACGAAAAAAAGUCAAAUAUCAACGACCGUCGUUAAUAAUAAAUACACAUUACAAAUAACUAAAAUGAACGAAGAUGAUUUUGGAAGUUAUACUUGUCAUGCAAAGAACGAACUAGGUUCGAAACAAAAAGCCAUCGUAUUAUCAGGCGCACCAACAAAACCGAAAUUCAAAGUCGGUUUUACAAAAGAUGACAAAACUCCAGAAAUAUUAUGGACGGUCGAAUCUUAUUUACCAAUCAUAGAAUAUGAAUUUCAAUAUAAAAAAUUACAGGAUGAUAAAUGGACGAAAAUAACUCCUAUGCAAACGGUCGCAAUCGAAGGAAACAUGUACACCGGUAAAGAAAUAUUAACAGGUUUGCCGCCAAACGAUUAUCAGGUUCGAGUACGUGCUAAAAAUUCACACGGAUGGUCAUUUUAUUCCGAAGAAAAAAUAUUCAACGGUGAUAUGGCGGCGGAAUCGACUAACGGUGGCGUUAAAUUAGGAAUUAAAGGCAUUCUUGUACAAAUAAUUGUUUUUUCUUAUGUAUUCAUCAUGUAG